AGGGCCAAUGAUACUUGUCUGUGUAUUUCAGAAUUUACAAAUGACCACUCUCAUAUUUGUUGGACAUUUGAAUCAAGAGUUGCUUCUUGCUGGUGCUUCUUUGGCUCUUUCAAUUAUCAAUGUCACUGGUUUCAAUGUAUUGAUGGGUAUGUCAAGUGCACUAGACACAUUUUGUGGUCAAGCAUAUGGAGCAAAACAAUAUCAUAUGGUUGGAAUAUAUACACAAAGAGCUAUGUUGGUUAUCACACUUGUUAGUUUACCCUUAUCAAUUAUUUGGGCAUAUUUAGAACCCAUUUUGAUAAUUCUACAUCAAGACAAAGAUAUCGCAGCACAAGCUCAACUAUUUGCUCGUUAUGCAAUCCCAAGCCUUUUUGCCAAUGGCAUUCUUAGGAGCUGCUAUUGCAAUUUGUAUCACAAAUUGGGUUAAUGUGGUACUAUUGCUACUUUACAUCAAAUUCUCCUCUUCAUGUAAAAAGACUUGGGUUGGUUUAUCAAUGGAAUCCUUUCACAACAUCCCUCAAUUUCUCAAACUUGCUUUCCCUUCAACAGUCAUGGUUUGUUUAGAAUCAUGGACAUUUGAAGUAAUGGUGUUUCUGUCUGGUGCUCUUCCCAAUCCAGCACUGCAAACUUCGGUACUUUCUAUAUGGUUA